ACCCUCGACGGUGGCCCAAUGGAACGCCAACUGGGCCCCGGGAGAAGGCGGGGAGCCGGAGCCCGCCGCAAACCCGCGCGGCCGAGUCCGGGUAAGCCCGCUGGACGCGCUGCGGUCCCUCGGUAGCUGACUCGCCUCCCGCACCGCCGCGCCAUGGACUCUCAGAAGCAGACUGUCAACUUCGGGCCCGGGCCCGCCAAGCUGCCACGCUCGGUAUUGUUAGAGAUACAGAAGGAAUUGGUAGACUACAAAGGCCUCGGCAUUAGUGUUCUUGAAAUGAGUCAUAGGUCAUCUGAUUUCGCCAAGAUUAUUAACAACGCAGAGAAUCUUGUGCGGGAAUUGCUUGCCGUUCCAGACAAUUACAAGGUGAUUUUCCUACAAGGAGGUGGGUGUGGUCAGUUCAGUGCUGUCCCCUUCAAUCUGAUUGGCCUGAAACCAGGAAGAUGUGCCGACUAUGUGGUGACGGGAGUUUGGUCAGCGAAGGCGGCCGAAGAAGCCAAGAAGUUUGGGACGGUGAAUAUGGUGCUGCCUAAACUUGGAAGUUACACAAGAAUCCCAGAUCCGAGCACGUGGAACCUUAACCCAGAGGCCUCCUACGUGUAUUACUGCGCCAACGAGACUGUGCAUGGCGUGGAGUUUGACUUCGUACCUGAUGUCAAGGGAGCCGUCCUCGUGUGUGACAUGUCCUCGAAUUUCCUCUCCAGGCCAGUGGACGUUUCCAAGUUCGGUGUGAUUUUUGCCGGCGCCCAGAAGAACGUGGGCCCUGCGGGGGUCACGGUGGUGAUUGUGCGUGAUGACCUGCUGGGAUUCGCCCUCCCGGAGUGCCCCUCCAUCCUGGAGUACAAAGUGCAGGUGGCCAGCGGCUCCUUGUACAACACACCCCCGUGUUUCAGCAUCUACGUCGUGGGCUUGGUGCUGGAGUGGAUUAAGAACAAUGGUGGGGCAGCGGCCAUGAAGAAGCUCAACACCAUCAAGUCUCAAAUGAUUUAUGAGAUUAUUGAUAAUUCACAAGGAUUCUAUGUCUGCCCAGUGGAGCCCCGAAACAGAAGCAUGAUGAAUAUUCCAUUCCGCAUCGGCAAUGCCAAGGGGGACGAAGCUUUAGAGAAACGGUUCCUCGAUAAAACCCUUGAGCUGAACAUGCUCUCCCUGAAAGGGCACAGGAGCGUGGGAGGCAUCCGGGUCUCUCUGUACAAUGCUGUGACGGUUGAAGAUGUUCAGAAGCUCGCAGCCUUCAUGAGAAACUUUCUAGAGAUGCAUCAGCUGUGAACACAGCCUGCUCAGCAUAUCUUCUGACCCGACCCUGCAGAAAACAGAGAGCAGCUGGGGAAUGCCCACCGAACUUUGUACUAACAAUGACUACGCUUGUUGUAGGUUCUCCUUUUCUCCCAAAAGCACCCACGCAGCCUCCUCAGCCCUGCCACCCUGCUGGGAGCACAGGCUGUUGGUCACGUGGAUCCUGAUCUAAACUGGAAUGACUCUUCAAUCUCUCUGUUGUUGCUUUCUAACACAUUCCAGCUUCCCUGGUCUUUGCUGUUACUUUUUCCUCACUGGAUUUUAAUACCUGGACUUGCCCGUGGGCCUAGUUCUGAGGUGGCAGUUCACUGUGUCUGGAGGCCUGUGAAUGCCCAGCGUGGAGAGGCCUUCCAGAUGCUUCUGCAGAGCCAGGGGCCCCUGGAUUCUGCACCUGGGGAUUAAGAUCAACACUGACCAUUUUGCAGACACUUGAGAGUUGUGGACAAGAUACGCGGCUACAGCUCUUUUUUGAUGCUGUUGUUUUCACAGACAAAAAUGACAACCUUUGUAUGUCCACGUUUAGACAGCAGCAUCUGUUUUUUAAUACUGCAAAGUUUCUAUCUGUGCUGUUACACUUCUCAUCACAACGGUUCUCCCUGCUAGUGUCGUGACUUUUACGGUUUGUUCAAUGCUGGGUCUGUUUCGUUGGUGCAUCAUGCUUGCAACAGCCAGGGUGCUCUUCAUCCUUUCCCCUGUCCCUCGUCAGGCUGCUCUGUGAGCAAGAUGCACACGUUUCACGAAUCACUUUUAUUCUCCUGUUGGUGGGUGGGAGGAAAGGUUGAUUGGUUUGUUCUUUGUUUUAGACGAUGCUGUUAAGCUAAAAGUCUGUCUAACAGCCCUCUCCUUGGUUGGCUGGCCUAUUGUGGUGUAGUUUCUGCACGGGGUGAGGCUGUGACUUACACAAGAUCUUUGCUGAAGUCCUUGCCCUGCUGUGUAUCCCUUGUGUUUGAUGUUGACUUUGUGACGAACAUUAAAAUCCUCAGACAUCUCA